CGGAGUCAAAAUUUCCCGGGGAUUAUGUUUCGGAAAGGAACCCGGCGAGGAAAUACAUGCACUCACUGAGAAUCGCCCGCGCCAGGGCGCAGCGCUACCAGGUGUAGGCAGAGGGUGGGGUGGGGCGAGAGGGGACCGAGGAGCCCCCCGCGGCUCCGAACACCGGGGCGUCGGUUCUUCAUCCUGCCCUCGGGGGCGGACGGAGGGAUCCCGGCCCCACUCCACGCCCCGACCAUGGUAGUGUUCAAUGGCCUUCUUAAAAUCAAAAUCUGCGAGGCUGUGAGCCUGAAGCCCACAGCCUGGUCGCUGCGCCAUGCCGUGGGACUCCGGCCCCAGACUUUCCUUCUGGACCCUUACAUUGCCCUCAACGUGGACGACUCGCGCAUCGGCCAGACGGCCACCAAGCAGAAGACCAACAGCCCGGCCUGGCACGACGAGUUCGUCACCGACGUGUGCAACGGGCGCAAGAUCGAGUUGGCCGUCUUCCACGAUGCCCCCAUCGGCUACGACGACUUCGUGGCCAACUGCACCAUCCAGUUUGAGGAGCUACUGCAGAACGGGAGCCGCCACUUCGAGGACUGGAUUGACCUGGAGCCGGAAGGCAGAGUGUAUGUGAUCAUCGAUCUCUCGGGGUCAUCGGGUGAAGGUAGGAGAGAGUGACCUCAGCCUUGUUCUCUUCCGUUGACCCUUAGUCUUCUGGGCCCUCCCUUCCCUCCUUGGCUGCGGCAUUUUACAGUGACAUUUAAUUAAUUGGCACAUUUUAAAGGAAGAGGUUAUUUUGAAGAUGCUUAUGCCUCUGUACCAAAAGGGACCAGCCAUCUGUUAACUUUGGUGGAACAGAGGGAGGAUUUGCGACUUACCAAGCGAGGCCAAUAAAGCAGGCGUUUUGCACGCUAGUGCACCAGCCAGACUUUGGGGAGCCCAGCCUCUCCCCGGAGGCUCCCGUGGGGUUUUGCGUGUGUGGUGGGAAGGAAGUAAAACCAGUUGGUCUAACGGUAUUCAGAAAUAAAAGAAAUUAGGUGUCAAAUUUCAGUAUCUUAUUUCUGUAGAGCU